UGAGGGUCGGCGGCGCCUGCUUUCAGGGUCCGGCUCGGCCCCUGCGCGGCGCACCCGGCUGUGCUCCCGGCGCCCGGCGGGCUUCCUGGCGGCGGCGCGGCGCGGGGACUUUUCGCCUCUCGCUGGCCUCUUCCGAGCGCGUCUAUGAGCGCAGCGUUCCCGCCGUCGCUGAUGAUGAUGCAGCGCCCGCUGGGGAGUAGUACCGCCUUCAGCAUAGACUCGCUGAUCGGCAGCCCGCCGCAGCCCAGCCCCGGCCAUUUCGUCUACACCGGCUACCCCAUGUUUAUGCCCUACCGGCCGGUGGUGCUGCCGCCGCCGCCGCCGCCGCCGCCCGCGCUGCCCCAGGCCGCGCUGCAGCCCGCGCUGCCGCCCGCGCACCCUCACCACCAGAUCCCCAGCCUGCCCACCGGCUUCUGCUCCAGCUUGGCGCAGGGCAUGGCGCUCACCUCCACGCUCAUGGCUACGCUGCCCGGAGGCUUCUCCGCGUCUCCCCAGCACCAGGAGGCGGCGGCCGCCCGCAAGUUCGCGCCGCAGCCGCUGCCGGGUGGCGGCAACUUCGACAAGGCUGAGGCGCUGCAAGCCGACACCGAGGACGGCAAAGCCUUCCUGGCCAAGGAGGGCUCCUUGCUCGCCUUCUCCGCGGCCGAGGCGGUGCAGGCGUCGCUCGUCGGGGCUGUCAGAGGGCAAGGGAAAGACGAGUCAAAGGUGGAAGACGACCCGAAGGGCAAGGAGGAGAGUUUCUCGCUGGAGAGCGAUCUGGACUACAGCUCGGAUGACAAUCUGACCGGCCAGGCGGCUCACAAGGAGGAAGACCCCGGCCACGGGCUGGAGGAGGCCCCGCCGAGCGGCGGCGCCGCGGGCAGCACCACGUCCACGGGCAAGAACCGGCGUCGGCGGACUGCCUUCACCAGUGAGCAGCUGCUGGAGUUGGAGAAGGAGUUCCACUGCAAAAAGUACCUGUCGCUGACCGAGCGCUCGCAGAUCGCCCACGCCCUCAAACUCAGCGAGGUGCAAGUGAAAAUCUGGUUCCAGAACCGCCGGGCCAAGUGGAAACGGGUGAAGGCUGGCAACGCCAAUUCCAAGACAGGGGAGCCCUCCAGGAACCCCAAGAUCGUCGUCCCCAUCCCCGUCCACGUCAGCAGGUUCGCGAUCAGAAGUCAGCAUCAGCAGCUGGAGCAGGCCCGACCCUGAGGGCCCAGGGAGAGCCAGGGCCUGGACCGCCGUUGGAGAAGCUACAGCUCUGGAAGGAAACCACGGUGGCCUCUGCCAUGUUUGAAGCAAAACUCAAAGUCACCCCCCCACACACACACACACACCCAACUUUGGACAUCCCAAGCACACUGAGAGUAUAUUCCUUCAGAAGGCUGAAGACUGCUUUCGAAGGGGCUACAGCUCUACCUGAUGCCUGAUGACACAGUAAAUAUUUAUUAUACUAUCCUACUUUGUACAUAGAUAUCUAUAUAAACUGGAUCUCAGCUGCAGUAUUUUGAAAGUUAGAGGACCAAACUGCCCUGUAAUGUUCUCCACUCACAUUCCAGAAGAAAACAGAACCUCUGCUGUAAUCCUCCACGGAUAGCAGCCACCUUUCCAUACUUUUCCAAAGGUAAACAUAACACUGAAGAACAAA